UCUCAUUUUUUUUUGUUUAAUUUUUUUUUUUACUUCUAAUCAUUCAUACAAGACUUGAACAUGGGCUAGCUCAUCAAACAUCCUCCUCCUUAACUCUUAAUACUUCCUCCGCAGUCUCCUGCUCUCCGGUCGCUUCUCAUCGAUCGUCAAUCUGCUGAAUUCGACCCUGCUCCCGCUGGGUAAUGCCAUUGUAGAGGCCCUUAUAGUUUCGAAUAGGUACUGUGAUUCAUUCUGCGAUUCAACCUAGAACUGAACCAGAGUAUCAAGGAAUUAAUAUCAAUUUUGAUCGUAAAUGGCGAGUACGGCUUGUUUUAUGAUCGUUAGUCGAACUGACAUUCCUAUUUACGAAGCUGAAUUGGGUUCUGCGUUGAAAAAAGAAGAUGAUGCACAUCAACACCAGUUUAUACUACAUGCAGCAUUAGACAUAGUCCAGGACCUUGCAUGGACAACCAGUGCCAUGUUUCUCAAAUCGAUAGACCGAUUCAAUGAUCUAGUGGUUUUCGUAUAUGUUACUGCGGGUCAUACACGAUUCAUGCUUCUUCAUGACUCCCGUAAUGAGGAUGGUGUGAAAAGUUUCUUUCAGGAGGUGCAUGAGCUGUAUAUCAAGAUUCUGUUGAAUCCCCUGUAUCUACCUGGCUCUCGCAUUGCGUCAUCACAUUUUGAUACGAAAGUCCGAGCUCUAGCAAGAAAGUAUCUGUGAAGUGAUCGUGAAACCAAUAGGAGCUGAGGCUGCUAUUGAAUCAGAUUUGUAUCAUUUUGUCCUCUGUAGCUAUCUGGUUGACAUUUGAGUUGUGACCACUGCUGGAUUGGCAACAUAGUUUGAUAAGCUCAGGAGAAUAUGGUCUAGCAACUAGCAAACAAAACUGAUGUCGUUUCACAAAUUAUUGUAUGAGAUAGCCUUACCGUGAUACAUUCCCCAUACAUGAAUUGUAUAACCCAACUAAUAUUAUUAUUAUUAUUCAGACUCCUUGUUUCGAAGUUGUUUCACUGAUAAAUGGUCUCUUAUAAGAGUAAUUCAUGUCAUUUUCAGUUUUAACA